CCUCGCCGCCGGCCACCGCAAUGGCCGCCCCAGCCACGCCGCGCCUCCUCCUCUCGCCGACCUCCAGGGACCUCCUCACCGGCAGCUCCUUCGCCUCGCCGCCUUCCCCCAGCUCCCCCGACCCCGCCUCCCCGCUCGACGCCUUCGCGUCCGACCCCGUCCUCUCCGCCUUCCUCUCCCCGUCCUUCUCCCCCUCCGACUUCUCCUCCGCCGCGCUCUCCUCCGGCCUCGCCGCCUCCCGCGCCGAGCAGCUGCAGGAGGCCAUCCGCCUCCUCCGCCGCCACCUCCGCGCCGAGGUGCUCCGCCGCCACCCGCUGCUCCUCUCCCACCUCCUCUCCCUCCGCUCCGCCAACGCCUCCCUCUCAACCCUCCCCUCCAACCUCCGCCUCCUCUUCUCCCACCUCUCCCUGCUCUCCUCCCACCUCUCCGCGCCGCGCUCCCACCUCGCGCUCUCCUCCUCCUCCCUCUCCAGCCUGCUCGCCACCGCCGACCUCCUCCUCCACUCCCACCGCCUCGUCCGCCUCUCCACGCGCCUCCUCGCCUCCUCCCCCGCCCCCGACCUCGCGCGCCAGGCCGAGCUCCACCGCGAGAUCCGCCUCCUCUACGACGAGAAGAACCUCUCCGGCAUCAAUGCCGUCGACGAGGAGAUGCGGAAGGUUGACGCUGCCGCCUCCAAGCUCCGAUCGGAGGCCAGCGCCGUCAUCGACCGUGGCAUCGCCGAGUCCAACCAGAACGACGUCUGGUGCGGCCUGCAGGUGUACUACAACCUCGGGGAGCUGAAGCCAGCAGUCGAGGGGCUCGUGGGGAAAUGCAAGGCAGCAGGGGCCAAGAGCGUGACUGUGGCACUGGACAUGAAGGCAAUAUCGAUGGCUGGUGGCGGAGGUGGCCCUGGAGGCGUGCAGAGAAGUGGCACGCCGCAGCUUGGUGGCAGCAAGAGGGCGGCGGAUGCACUCUGGGAAAGGAUGAGGCAGUGCAUGGAGGACCUGCACAGGGCAGUCACCGCUGCAUGGCAGCUGCAGACCGUGCUCACCAAGAAGCGUGUGCCCUUCACGCAAAUGCUCUUCCUCGAGGAGGUUUGGCAGGAAGGUGAGCCUCUAUUGACGGAGAGAGUAUGGGAUGCCAUUGUUAAGGCCUUUGCAAGCCAGCUGAAAUCGGUAUUUACUGCAUCAAGCUUUGUCAAGGAAGUAUUUACUCUUGGAUAUCCGAGACUCUUCUCCAUGAUUGAGAACCUUCUUGAGAGGAUUUCAAGAGAUACCGAUGUAAAGGGUACCCUUCCAGCACUUACUCUUGAGGGAAAAGAUCACAUGGUUGCAGCUAUUGGGAUAUUCCAGAACGCAUUUUUGGCUCUCAGUCAGAGUCGCCUUUCUGAUUAUAUCAAUAGCAUAUUUCCUAUGUCAAACCGGGGAAGCAUACCUUCAAAGGAUCAAAUAUCAAGGUUAAUAUCUCGAAUCCAAGAGGAAAUUGAAGUUGUGAGAACUCACGGGCAUUUACUGCUUCUUGUUCUACGUGAAAUCGGGAAGAUCUUGCUUCUUUUAGCACAAAGGGCUGAAUAUCAGAUCUCUACUGGUCCUGAAGCUCGUCAAGUUACUGGCACAGUGACUCCAGCUCAAUUAAAAAACUUUGCUCUGUGUCUACACCUCCAUGAGGUUCACACACGCAUUUCAAGCAUCUUGUCAACACUCCCAAAUGUUGCUUCUGAAGUCCUUUCGCCAUCUCUUGGGGUAAUAUACGGUGUCGCUUGUGAUUCGGUAACCUCCCUAUUCCAAGCAAUGCUCGAUCGUCUGGAGUCCUGCAUCCUUCAAAUGCACGAGCAAGACUUUGGAGCUCAUGGAAUGGAUGGGGGGAUGGAUAACAAUGCAUCGGCUUACAUGGAGGAGCUUCAGAAGUGUGCCAUCCACUUCCGAAGCGAGUUCCUGUCAAAGCUUCUGCCAUCGUCAGCCUCCCGUUCAGAGACCAUAUGUACCAUAAUGGUCAGAAGGAUGGCCUCGAGGAUCCUUAUAUUCUUCAUAAGACAUGCUUCUCUUGUUAGGCCACUCUCUGAAGCAGGGAAGUUGAGAAUGGCUAGGGACAUGGCCGAGUUGGAGCUGGCUGUUGGCCAGAAUCUGUUUCCAGUGGAGCAGCUGGGUCCGCCAUACCGGGCGUUGCGUGCAUUCCGCCCUGUCCUAUUCCUGGAGACAUCUCAGCUUGAGAACUCUCCACUCCUUCAGGACUUGCCACCCAGUGUGAUCCUGCACCACUUAUAUUCUCGAGGACCGGAUGACCUACAAUCGCCUUUACAGCGAAACAAGCUGACGCCCCUGCAGUACUCUCUGUGGCUUGAUUCACAAGGCGAGGAUCAGAUCUGGAAGGGUGUGAAGGCAACCCUGGACGACUACGAGAUGAAGGUCCGGUCUCGUGGAGACAAGGAGUUCAGUCCAGUGUACCCUCUCAUGUGUCAGAUUGGAUCUGCAUUGUCACAGGCCACACCCUGACAUGUGUUCGAUUCAGCAGCGCAUCGUAUAGUUGUAUCACAAUAUCCUGUAGCCAUUGAUUGUGGAGAGAUCGGCUGAGCCUCGGCAUAGAUUCUAUACUCGUGAAAUAGCAUUUGUAUUUCUUUUCACACACAAAAUUGUUGGAAGUACAGACUGUGUUCCCCCGUAUCUAUUGUCAUGUUCUGAUAUGUU